AUGGGGCUAAGAGCGGCCAGCCUCCUCCUCUGGCUGGCUCUUUCCUCUGCUAAUGAAAUAAAAAAAGGAAGGACAAGAAGCCAUGGCCACUAUGUCUGCAGCACUUGGGGAAACAACCAUUUCAAAACUUUUGAUGGAGAUGUCUACCAAUUCCCUGGUGUUUGCGAGUAUAAUUUUGUUUCCGACUGCCAAGAGGCUUACAAGGAAUUCUCUGUCCACAUCCAGCGUGCUCUCAACAGCAAUGGCCAUCCUGAGAUCCAGUAUAUUCUGAUGAAAAUCAAGGAUAUAAUGGUCUACCUCAAACCCAACCUGGUUGUGGUGGAUGGGCGGAUUGUGAAGACACCAUACUACAGCUCUGGUGUCCUCAUUGAGAGCAAUGAAAUUUACACCAAGAUUUAUGCCAAAUUAGGCUUGAUUCUGAUGUGGAACCAGCAGGAUGCCCUGAUGGUGGAACUGGACAACAAAUUUAAUAACCAUACCUGUGGUCUCUGUGGGGAUUACAAUGGCAUUCAAAUCUACAAUGAGUUCAUCAAGGGAGAUGCAAGCUACAACUCAAUUACAUAUGGGAAUAUGCAAAAGAUCAGCAAACCAAAUGCCAAAUGUGAAGACCCAGAUGAAACUCAGGCUCUUCCAAGCUGUAAUGAGCAUCAUGACGAGUGUCAGAGGUUGCUGACUUCCCCUGCAUUUGCUGAUUGUCGGCUGCGUCUUAAUUUGGAAAUGUACAUCCAAGCCUGCAUGCAGGACAAGUGUGCCUGUAAUGGGAAGGACGACUCCUUCUGCCUCUGCAGUACCAUCUCCGAGUAUUCCCGCCAGUGCUCGCACGCAGGCGGCCGCCCGGGAGAAUGGAGGACACAGAACUUUUGCCCCAAGACCUGUCCUGCUACCAUGGUCUAUAGAGAAAGCAGCUCACCCUGCACGGAUACUUGCUCACACUUGCAGAUCAGCAGCCUUUGUGAGGAGCACUACAUGGAUGGCUGUUUCUGCCCUGAAGGAACUGUAUAUGAUGAUAUCAGUGAAAAAGGCUGCAUCCCUGUUAACCAGUGCCACUGCAAACUCAGUGGAAAGGCGUAUGCACCUGGAGAAAGCAUUUCCAAAGAAUGUGAAGAAUGCACCUGUAAUUCAGGCAGAUGGACCUGCAAAGAUCUACCCUGUCCAGGCACAUGCUCAGUGCAAGGAGGUUCCCAUUUUACCACCUUUGAUGGGAAGAAAUACACCUUCCAUGGAGACUGCUACUAUGUGUUGGCCAAGGCUACUGCAAAUGAGAGUUAUGCUCUCCUGGCAGAGCUGGCUCCCUGUGGCUCCACAGACAAACAGACCUGCUUGAAGACUGUUGUGCUGUUAGUGGAUAACAAAAAGAAUGUGGUGGUUUUCAGAUCAGACGGCAGCGUGCUCCUGAAUGAGAUGACAGUGAAUGUGCCUCAUGUGUCAACCAGCUUCUCAGUAUUCAAGCCAUCUUCCAACUACUUUAUUGUACAAACUCCUUUUGGGCUUCAGAUGCAGAUCCAGCUGUUUCGAGUCAUGCAGCUGUUUGUGACUGUGGAUCAAUCAGUUAAAGGAAAACUUCAAGGUCUUUGUGGAAACUUCAAUGGAAUGGAAGGUGAUGACUUCAGAACUACCAGCGGACUGAUUGAGGCUACAGGAUCUGCCUUUGCUAACACGUGGAAAGCUCAGUCCACCUGCACAGACCAAGUAGAAAAGCUGGAAGACCCCUGCAGUCUCAACAUUGAAAGUGCAAAUUAUGCUGAGCAUUGGUGUUCUUUGCUGAGAAAUCCAAAGGGUCCUUUUGCAAGAUGUCACUUAGCCAUUGAUCCUUCAGAAUACUAUAAGAAAUGUAAAUAUGACACCUGCCUCUGUGAAGACAAUGAAGAAUGUUUGUGUGCUGCCCUGUCCUCUUACUCAAGAGCCUGUGCUUUCAAAGGGAUCAUACUGGGAGGCUGGAGAAAGAGUGUCUGCAGCAGUGAAGCGUCUUCUUGCCCAGGAAAUCAAGUCUUCCUUUACAACCUUACAAUGUGCCAGCAAACCUGUCGCUCCCUUGCUGAUGGUGAAAAGUAUUGCUUGCAAGACUUUGCUCCUGUGGAUGGCUGUGGCUGCCCACCCAAUACAUACUUGGAUAACCAGGAUAACUGUGUGCCUAUCUCCCAGUGCCCAUGUUAUUACAAGGGAUCAUACCUGGAAUCUGGGGAAUAUUUCACAAAAGAUGGAGAACGCUGUGUUUGCCGAAAUGCAAAGAUCCAGUGCACUUCAGUGAAAAUAAGAAUGAAAAGUGAAAAAGAAUGUUCUUCUAGCAAGACAUACUUUGACUGCAAUGCAUCCUCAAAGUGGACUUCGCAAACACCUCUUCAACUUAGCUGUCAUACUCCUCAAACUGAUCAUUUCCAGACAGAGUGUGUCUCAGGCUGUGUGUGCCCUGAAGGUCUAUUUGAUGAUGGCAGAGGGGGCUGUGUUGAGCAAAAAGAUUGCCCGUGCAUUCACAACAAUGAGUGGUAUUCUUCUGGAGACAAGAUAAAAGUGGACUGCAACACCUGCACCUGCCAGAAAGGAGUUUGGAAAUGCACUGAUGACGUGUGCUAUGGGGCUUGUAUGAUAUAUGGAAGUGGCCAUUAUAACACUUUCGAUGGGAAAUUCUAUGACUUUGAUGGGAGCUGUGAAUAUGUGGCUACUCAGGACUUCUGCGGUGACAAAAAUUCCAGCGGCUCAUUCAGUAUCAUCACAGAGAAUGUCCCUUGUGGAACUACAGGAGUCACCUGCUCAAAGGCUAUCAAAAUGUUCCUAGGGAAAACUGAACUGAAAUUGGAGAACAAAGAGUACAAAGAAAUUCAGCGAGAUGUUGGCGAUGAUGUGAAGUAUUGGAACAGGACAGUUGGCCUGUACCUGGUUAUUGAGGCUAGCAAUGGUGUGAUGCUGAUCUGGGACAAGAAGACUACUAUUUUCAUCAAGCUGAGCCCUGAUUACAAGGGCAAAGUGUGUGGUCUGUGUGGCAACUUUGAUGACAAGGCAAACAAUGACUUUACAACAAGGAGUGGACUGCAGGACAGUAAUCCCCUGAAUUUUGGAAAUUCCUGGAAACAAUCUCCCAUGUGCCCAGAUGUCACACAAGAGAUUAAGCCCUGUGAUCUGAAACCACACCGGAAGUCCUGGGCAGAGAAAGAAUGCAGCAUCAUCCAGAGCGAAGUCUUCAAAAUUUGUCACUCCAAGGUGGACCCACUUCCUUACUAUGAGGCUUGUGUUCAUGAUGCCUGCUCCUGUGACAGUGGUGGGGACUGCGAGUGCUUCUGCUCUGCAGUUGCAGCGUAUGCCCAAGAGUGCAUCAAGGCUGAGGCCUGUGUUUUCUGGAGAACUCCUGAUAUCUGCCCAAUAUUCUGUGACUACUACAACCCUCGCAAUGAGUGUGACUGGCACUACGAGCCUUGUGGCAGUAAUAUCACAACCUGUAGGAUGAUCAAUAAUGUCAGCACCAACUUUACAAUACCACUGCUGGAAGGCUGCUACCCCAGAUGCCCUAAGGACAUGCCCAUUUAUAAUGAAGAGACAAAGCAUUGUGUGACUGAAGAUCAAUGUGGAUGUUACCUCGAGGAUGGAACUCAUGUACUCCCUGGGCAAGAAGUACCCACAAAAGAAAACUGUACAAUAUGUGUCUGUGUCCCGUCAGGAUCCAUACAGUGUAAACCAGUCCCAGGGUGUCCUUGUGUCAUCAAUGGAACAAGUUAUGAAGUAGAUGCUACUGUGGGAGUAGUACAGGACGGAGACACAUGUAUAAGAUAUGUUUGUGCAGAAAAUGGCUCUGUAGUUCCUGCUGAAGUCUAUCCUUGUCCAACAUCUUCACCUACAACCAUUUCAACCUCCUCCCCUCAUAGUACUCUUACCACCACCACCACCACCACCGUUUCCACUACAAGCCGCCCAGUAACUACAACUCCAUGCAUAGUCACAGAACUAAUCUGUGAUUGGACUGAGUGGUUUGAUGUUAGUAAACCUGAAGAAGGUGGUGGUGACUAUGAAACAUAUGAUGAAAUAAGAAAACAUGGAAACAAAAUAUGUACAGCUCCUGAAGAAAUUGAAUGCAGGGCUAAGGAUAAACCUGAUGUUAGCUUAGAAGAACUUGGUCAGAAAGUAGAGUGUAAUGUUAAAUAUGGGCUAAUCUGUAAAAAUGAUGAGCAGGAUGUAACUAUGUGGCCACUUUGCUAUAAUUAUGAAAUCAGAGUAAACUGUUGUGAGUGGCAACAAAAUCCUUGUGAGCCUACAAUUACACCUACUAUACCACAAACUUCCACUUCAACUACCAUCCAGACAACAACAACCAGCACUUCAACAGAAAUUACCACCAUGCCCAUACACAUCCAUUCCACAACAUCCCCACCUCCACCCACACCAAGCACACCAAAAUCAACAACCACUACCUUGCUGACGGAGACUCCCACCACCACCAGUGCCCCGACAACAACAACCACUGUUACUGGACCACCAACACCCACCUCAACUACUUCAAGCACAUCCUCACCAACAGCAACAUACACCAUCACCACCACAACUCCAGCAGGCACACCCAGCACAGCAUCUCCUACACCAGAAGUGACACCCACUUCCACGUCAGCAGAGACUCUCACCACCACCACCACCACCACCACCACCACCACCACCACCAGCAGACCAACGACGACAACAACAACUGUUACACCAACCAUCUCAACUCCUAUAAAAUGUGAGUGCAUCUGGUCAGACUGGAUCGACGUGACUUACCCGGAUGGUUCUGACAGGAACAGUGGUGACUACGAAACCUUUGAGAACAUUUGGAAGCAAUACCCCUCCUGGGAGUGUGCAAAAGUUGAGAAUAUUUCCUGCCGAGCAGAGAAAUUCCCUAGCUCUUCCAUUGCAGAUUUAGGGCAGAAAGUGGAAUGUAAUGUUAACGUAGGGCUCAUCUGUAACAAUAAAGAUCAGCAGAUAGGAGGUAUAAUACCAAUGCCAGUCUGCCUCAACUACGAGAUCAGUGUCUGCUGCACCCCCAACAAACCAGAGUGUCUUCCAACUCCAAGCACCACAAGCACCACAACUUCCACAGCUUCACCCACAACGAGCAGUGUGUCCCCUCCAAUAUCAACCACCGCUCCAACGACAACAGCAGAGACUCCCAGUCCUACCACCACCACCACCACGAUGCCCCCCAGCAGCACCACCACUAGUGGCAGCACCUCACAGACAACAACAACUGUUCCUAUCUCAACAACGCCCGUUUCAACUACUUCAAGCACAUCCAUGCCCACACCAACCCACACCACCACCACACCAACUCCAGGCACAACUCCACCCACACCGAGUACACCAAAAUCAAUAACCACUACCUCGCCACUGGAGACUACCACCACCACCACCACCAGCCCUCCAAGCUCAACAACAACAACCACAACAAUGGUUACUGGAUCACCAACAACCAUCUCAACUCCUGGAAGCACACCUCCAUCCACACCAAGCACAGUAUCCACUACAGCAGAAUCUCCAACCCCUCCCUUGCCACCAGAGACUCCCACCACCACUGCCAGCACCAUGAUGCCCCCCAGCAGCACCACCAGCACUCCAAGCGCAACAAUUGUUACUGAAUCACCAACACCCACCUCAACUACUCUAAGCACAUCCACGCCCACACCAACGUACACCACCACGACAACAACUCCAGGCACACCUCCAUCCACACCAAGCACAACAAAAUCAACAACUACUACCUCGCCACCAGAGACUACCACCUCCACCAGCAGCCCUCCAAGAACAACAACCACUGUUCCUGGAUCAACAACAACCAUCUCAACUCCUCGAACCCCACCUACGAAGACACCGAGCACACCAGAAACACCAGCUACUCCCACUCCGACAGCAUCUGAAUCUCCCAACAUCACUGCCAGCACCACAAUGCCCCCCAGCAGCACCACCAGCAUCAGCACCCCUAGGACAACAACAACAACCGUUACUGGCUCAUCAACAAACUUCUCAACUAUUUCAAGCACAUCCACACCCAUAGCGGAAUAUACAACCACCCUACCAACUCCAGCAGGCACACCCAGCACAGCAUCUCCUACACCAGAAGUGACACCCACUUCCACGUCAGCAGAGACUCUCACCACCACCACCACCACCACCACCACCACCACCACCACCAGCAGACCAACGACGACAACAACAACUGUUACACCAACCAUCUCAACUCCUAUAAAAUGUGAGUGCAUCUGGUCAGACUGGAUCGACGUGACUUACCCGGAUGGUUCUGACAGGAACAGUGGUGACUACGAAACCUUUGAGAACAUUUGGAAGCAAUACCCCUCCUGGGAGUGUGCAAAAGUUGAGAAUAUUUCCUGCCGAGCAGAGAAAUUCCCUAGCUCUUCCAUUGCAGAUUUAGGGCAGAAAGUGGAAUGUAAUGUUAACGUAGGGCUCAUCUGUAACAAUAAAGAUCAGCAGAUAGGAGGUAUAAUACCAAUGCCAGUCUGCCUCAACUACGAGAUCAGUGUCUGCUGCACCCCCAACAAACCAGAGUGUCUUCCAACUCCAAGCACCACAAGCACCACAACUUCCACAGCUUCACCCACAACGAGCAGUGUGUCCCCUCCAAUAUCAACCACCGCUCCAACGACAACAGCAGAGACUCCCAGUCCUACCACCACCACCACCACGAUGCCCCCCAGCAGCACCACCACUAGUGGCAGCACCUCACAGACAACAACAACUGUUCCUAUCUCAACAACGCCCGUUUCAACUACUUCAAGCACAUCCAUGCCCACACCAACCCACACCACCACCACACCAACUCCAGGCACAACUCCACCCACACCGAGUACACCAAAAUCAAUAACCACUACCUUCCUGCCGGAGACUUCCACCACCACCAGCGCCCCGAUGACAACAACCACUGUUACCGGACCACCAACGCCCACCUCAACUACUUCAAGCACAUCCUCACCAACACCAACAUACACCACCACCACACCAACUCCAGAGACACUUGAACCAGAGACAACAAAGACAAGCACUCCAGUUACUCCUUCAACUACCCCACUGCCAACAACAAGAACAACAGAAAUAAGUACAGUGUCUACUGCAAACACCACUAGCCAACAGUCAACAUCACCAGUGUCAACAAGCCCAGUGACAGCUACCAUCUCUGAAGUCACUGAAACAGGAUCAACCACCAAGACCACCACUUCCGGCCCCACGCCCUCAAGAUCCACCAGCACCACACCAGUAACAGAAACACCUAUCCAUGAGACCACUACCACCAGGACCUCAAGCCAUCCAAUAGGAUUAUCUACCACCACUUCCACCCCUGGCACCACCACAACCUCUGGACCAAGCAGCCCUACAGGAACACAACCACCAGUAUCAACAACCCCAUUCACUGGAACAGGAUCAAUCACCAAGACCACCACUUCAGGCCCCACACCCUCAGUGUCCACUCCACUCACCACCACAGUAGGAACAGAAACAAGCACCCCAAUGACGACCUCUGCAACUGUUACUACUCCAACAUCACCUACAUCAGCCAGCCCUGUGUCAACCACCACCUCUGGUACUACUCCAACACAAAGCUUUACCACCACUUCAGGAACCACCUCUAGUAGUUUUAUCACAAUCAACACAACAACCACCAUCUCCACCACCUUCAAAACCUUUCCCCCCGUCUCAACUACUACAUCUGGGCCUACUACAAUAUCAACUGCAGUCACCACUACAGGAAGCUCUACACACAGUGCAACUCCUCCAGUUAAUGGCUCAAGUUCAACUACAGGUCUAACACCAACCACUGCUAAAAAAACUUGUACUAUUUUCCCUAAUGAAACUUAUGAGCAAGGUGACUCAUGGAUACUCUGUAACUGCACUAAGGUUAUAUGUAUAGAAGACAACAUUGUCCAGGUGAUUCCAAUAAUCUGCAAUCCACCCCCAAAACCCACGUGUGCCAAUGGACUGUCUCCUGUGCCAGUCAUGGAUGAAGAUGGAUGCUGUUGGCACUGGGAGUGUGAUUGCUACUGCACUGGCUGGGGAGAUCCACAUUACAUGACUUUUGAUGGACUGUACUACAGCUAUCAAGGGAAUUGUACAUAUGUCCUUGUGGAAGAGAUCAAUAAGAAAGUUGACAACUUUGGUGUCUACAUUGAUAACUACCAUUGUGAUACACGGGAUGUAGUGUCCUGUCCUCGAACACUCAUUGUGAGACAUGAGACUCAGGAAGUGAGACUGACAACAGCACAACCAAAUACUCUACAAGUAGAGGUGACAGUAAACAACCAGCUUGUGGCUUUGCCUUAUAAGAAGUUUGGUGUGAGCAUCUAUGAAUCAGGCAUAAAUCGUGUUGUGGAAAUUCCUGAGCUGAAAAUGAACGUGACCUACAAUGGCUUGUCCUUUUCUAUCAGAAUGCCCUACAGCCUGUUUGGCAACAAUACCCAGGGACAGUGUGGCACUUGCAAUAACAACACGGCAGAUGACUGCAUGCUGCCAAAUGGAAACAUUGCAGAAAACUGUGAAACCAUGGCAGAUCAUUGGCAAGUUGUUGAUCCUUCCAAACCACAGUGCUCUCCAGGCCUAGUUCCUACAGGUUCACCUAGCACAACACCAACACAACCUUGCAAAGAAUCUUCCAUCUGCAAGCUUCUUUUGGGAAGUGUGUUCAAGCCAUGCCAUGCAUUUGUCCAGCCUGAGAAGUACUAUGCAGCCUGUGUUUUUGAUAGCUGUGUACUUCCCAACCUAGACCUGGAAUGCUCAAGUCUGCAGAUCUAUGCUGCCAUCUGUGCUGAUCAAGGCGCAUGCAUUGACUGGAGAAAAUAUACCAAUGGUGUAUGCUCUCAUAAAUGUCCUUCAGGUAAAGAAUACAGAGCAUGUGGUCCUAUUAAAGAGAUGACCUGCAAAUCAAGAGGACAGAAUGAGACAUCAACUAAACAAGUGGAAGGCUGUUUCUGUCCUAAUGGAACCAUGUUGUAUGACUCUGGUGUGGAUGUCUGCGUGAAAACCUGUGGCUGUGUUGGAGUGGAUAUGAUACCAAGAGAGUUUGGAGAAAAGUUUACAGUGGACUGUCAGGACUGUAUUUGCCUGGAAGGGGAACAUGGCAUUGUAUGUGAGCCUCAUGUAUGUGAACAAAAGAAGGUCACUUGUGAUGGAGAAGGCUUCUAUGAGGUCACUGAAGUCAAUCCUAAAGACUCCUGCUGCCCUCUUUUCACUUGCAAAUGCAAUACAAGCUUGUGCACAGCUAAAGCCCCCAAGUGCUCACUGGGAUUUGAAGUUCAUUCUUAUAUUCCCAGUGGUCAGUGCUGUCCUGUAUACCAAUGUGUUCCCAAGGGGGUUUGCGUACAUGAGAAUGCUGAGUUCUUGCCCAACUCCUCAGUCUUUGUUGACAAGUGUCGGAAUUGUGUCUGCACGAAUGAUAUUAAUGUCAGCACUCAACUGAAUAUCAUCUCCUGUGAACAUGUCCCCUGCAACACAAAAUGUCAACCAGGAUAUGAACUUAAACCAGUGAAAGGUGAAUGCUGUGGAAAAUGUGUGCAGACCAAGUGUAUUAUACACACAGUAGAAAAUUCUGAACUCAUCUUGAGUCCUGGAGACUUUAAAAAUGAUCCUCACAACAACUGCACCAUUUAUAGCUGUGUAAAUAGUCAUGACCAGCUUAUCGCUUCCACAUCUGAGAUUACCUGUCCAGCAUUCAAUGAGGAGAGCUGCAAACCUGGAACUAUUUCAUUCUUACCUAACGGUUGUUGCAGAACCUGUGCCCCUCUGGACAGCCGCACACCAUGCUCUGUGCGCCACAGAAAAGAUUUUAUUGUCUACAAUGGCUGCCGCUCUGUGGACAGAGUUGACUUGACUGAAUGUGAAGGAACAUGUGGAACCUUCUCGCUAUACUCUGCUGAGGCCAAUUCUAUGGACCACAGCUGCUCCUGCUGCAGAGAAACAAGCGCCACUGAGAAGCACGUGGUUCUGAAAUGCCCCGGUGGGCACUCGGUGUCACACAAGUACCUCUAUGUGGAGAGCUGCAGCUGUCAAGACACUGAAUGCCAGGCCACAGUCCAGUGAGCUGCAGAACAAUGAAGAAAAUUACAAGGCGAGAACCCCAAACCGGAUCAAGAGAGCCAUCAGCUUAACAUCAAAAUGAAGGCAAAAAAACCCUGGCAUCAUUAAUUAAAAGGACUGUGAACCAUUCUUAGCUUCCUUGACUACUUUUGAACUUUACUUUUCCCAGUAACUACAUCCUGUUUGUUCUCUAAUUAAAUAACUGUGCCCUAUUUAUUUGUGAACAAAAUAAGAACACAAAUAUGUAUGCUUACA